GGCACCGCGAUCCCAUUCGACGGCAGCCAAUUUGCAACCGAAAACGUUCCCUUUAUUACAUAAUAUUUUCGCGGAAUAACCGGCGAAAAGCCUGUAAAACCGUCGAAACCGUCGUCGCGGGUCGAAAGGCGCGGAUCGCGCGGCGCGAAAUCGAUUUCCGGUGAGUUUCCAGGAGCGGCAGAAUGGCGUUGAGAUCGAUUUGCCGGCUGUCAAUUGAUUCGACCUUCAGGCACUCGAGCCAUUUCGGAGCCACCGCCCGGCCGAGACGACCGUUCCACGACACGCUCCUACGAAGUAUCGCCGCAGCAGCUAAGAAAAUGGCACUGCCACGCGUUUUCUUCGACAUGACCGCGGACGACAAGCCCGUGGGCCGCAUCGUGAUGGAGUUGAGGAAGGAUGUUGUCCCCAAAACGGCGGAGAACUUCCGCGCGCUCUGUACCGGAGAGAAGGGUUUCGGUUACAAGGGCAGCAGUUUCCACAGGGUGAUCCCGAACUUCAUGUGCCAGGGUGGUGAUUUCACCAACCACAACGGCACCGGUGGAAAGUCCAUUUAUGGCGCCAGGUUCGAGGACGAGAACUUUAAGUUGACCCACACCGAACCUGGCAUAUUAUCGAUGGCAAAUGCCGGCCCCAACACCAACGGCAGCCAGUUCUUUAUCACCAGUGCCAAGACCAGCUGGCUCGACGGAAAGCACGUCGUGUUCGGAAAAGUCACCGAAGGAAUGGAUGUUGUUAGAAAAUUGGAGGCCAUGGGCUCUCAAAGUGGCAAGACAUCCAAAAAAAUCAUAAUAGCGGAUAGCGGAGAGUUGUAGAUCAACUAGAUACUGUAAUGACUGCAUUUUUAUUUAGCUGUUGCAUACCUAUUUGCUGUCUUUAUUGCCCCACUUCAUCCAUUCCUAUCGACCAAGGUUCUCUUCAUCGACGCCAAUAAUUUGUUAUCGAGCACGGAAAUUCGAACCUGUCCGAUUUUGUAGAAACAAAAGAAUCUACCUGCAUUGUAAUAAUCUUUCCUAUCUUAUUUCAAGUGAAUUUACUUCCUUCUUCACCAGAAAGUAGAAACUCGUUUGCAGUGUGACUUUUUAUGAAGGAUUUGCGAAUUCCGAAGUCUCCUUUGCUUCGUUCCACGAUUAAUACACUUGUGUGUGUUUUUAUAAGAAAUCAGUCUUGGACUUUUGUGCGAAAUCCAUAUUCUUCCACGAAUACACUCGCUUAGUAUCGCUAAGUGAUAAUAGCGGAAAGACACAUGCAAUGAGCUCAAAUUUUUCAGUAUCAUUCUACAUAUAUAUAUAUAUAUUUUAGUGAGUGGUCAAGAAUACAAAUAUCUUCAAUAUUAGGAUAGGUAUUUCAGAAUUUAAAAAUCAGUGAUUGAUGUAUUGAUUCCAGUGUGUUAACUGAUGCAUUUCUCUCUUUAAACGUUAUACAUAAAUAUAUAUAUAUAUAAAUAUUCUUUAAUUUUUACACGCAUAUGAUUCGUAUAUGUGUAUAUCACGAUUACAGAAUCCUCAUUGUAUGUUUUUUAUAAAUAUUUACUAUUCCUCUUUUCUCUGCCGAAAAAAAAAAGCAAAGACAUCCCGUUUGCCUAUCGUAAUGCGGGCAAUGCCUGAAAGCGAUACCAUCUUACUGUAAUACAACACCAAGUUGAAAAAUGUAGUUGCAACAGUCUUGAACAGUUUCGAUUUCUUAAAAAUAAAAUUGUUUUCAGAAAGAAAAA